AUGGGUCUUACUGGUAAGUUGGUUGGCCAAACGGAGAUCAAGUCCGAUGGAGAUGUGUUCCAUGAGGUCUUCAGAGCUAGGCCACACCAUAUAUCCAAUAUGAGCCCUGGAAAUGUACAGGGUGUUAAUUUACAUGAAGAUUUGUUCUAUGAGAUUUGGAGAUACAGACCAAACCAAAUAUCGUAUAUGAGCCCUGGUAAUUUGCAAGGUGUUGAAAUAUAUGAAGGUGAAUGGGGAACCGUGGGAUCUAGAAUGAUCUGGUCCUAUACCUUUGGUGGGGAAAAGAAGGUUACAAGAGAUAUUGUUGAUGCAGUUGAUGACGACAAGAAGUCAAUCACUUGGAAGCUGAUUUACUUACAAGCAAAGUCCGCUUUCAUGGCUCAAGGUGGGGAAAAGAAGGUUACAAGAGAUAUUGUUGAUGCAGUUGAUGACGACAAGAAGUCAAUCACUUGGAAGCUGGUUGAAGGAAGCCUCUUGGAUCUUUACAAGACCAUGAUUGCAACUGUUGAUGUUGAUACAAAAGGUGAAAUCAGUGUGGUGACAUGGACUUUUGAGUACGAGAAGCUUAAUGAGGAUGUCGAAGAUGCAAAUGCACUGGUGGACUUUCAUCUUGUUAUGACCAAAGAUAUUGAAGCUUACCAUCUCCACCAAAAAUGA